AUGUCCGGCAAGCUUGACAAGAGCCUCGACGAGCUCCUCACUUCUCGCCGUGGUGGUGCUCGCCGUCGCGGGCCUCAGCGCCGCGCCUCAAGCGGUCGCAACCCCGCUCCCGCCGCCCCUGUUGGUGGCGUGCAGAAGACCAGCAAGGCUACCCGCGCCUCCGCGGCCAAGCCUACUUCUAAGGGACCCGCCCUUCCUGGUGACAGCAAGAUCAUCGUGAGCAACCUGCCCAAGGAUGUCACGGAGCAACAGAUUAAGGAAUACUUUGUCCAAUCUGUCGGUGCCAUCAAGAGGGUCGAGCUUUCUUACGGCCCCAACUCUCAAAGCCGCGGUAUCGCCAAUGUCACCUUCUCCAAGCCGGACGGCGCUAGCAAGGCCUUCCAGAAACUGAACGGCCUCCUCGUCGACAACCGCCCUAUUAAGAUCGAAAUCGUUGUUGGUGCCGCUCAGGCCGCCAGCGUUAUUCCCAAGCCCAAGACUCUUGCCGAGCGUGCGGCCCCGCCCAAGGCGCAACCCAAGUCCGCCGCUACCGAUAAGGUCGGCACUGCCAAGGCUGGCCAGGGUGCUGGUCGUGCUCGCGGAAAGCGUCGAGGCCGGAGCGCACGCCCCGCCAAGAAGACUGCAGAGGAGCUAGACUCCGAAAUGGCUGAUUACUUCGGUGCGGGUGAGAACAAUGCUGCUGCCGGUGGAAGUGGUGACAACGCCCAGGCUGCCGCUCCGCGGCGGGCAACGGCGAUGCUGCCAUGGAGGACGAUAUUUUGGUAUGUUGAGCCCGCCGACAACUUGUCGCCAUGA